AUGCUAGAUCAGAAACUGGCCAAAAAGCUAGAGGAGAGUAGGUUGGAAGGCUCAGGGACAAAGCCUUUGUACAUUUCGAAAAUUUCAAUCGAUGGCGACAACAUCAACAGUCCCUUAUCGAACUCCUCUUACAAGGCCAUCCUCGAUCAGGCACUAACCCAACCGUUACAAAAUGUCGGAUCCAGUUUGUACACUUUUGGAGAUAUUAGAAGAAAGUUGCUGUGUACAGGUCUGUACCAGGACGUCAAGAUAACCCUGGAAAGCGAUCCUGAUAUCAGUUCGCAGGACUAUCUACGUGAAAGAGUUCCCAGCGAACUUGGCAUCGAGUUGCCGCUCGCUACGCAUGCUAAAAUCCUUUUGACACCAUCCGCCGUGUACAACAGCACCGCUGGCACUACAUCUCUAUUCGACGACGAGGCAUCAAUGGCCAUCAGCCGCUCAUGUAUGAAUUUGUUUGGCCGUGGGGAUUCAGAGUACGUCCAUAUGGGUUUGAAUUACGACCCAGAAACUUCAAAGUGGGAAGGUAAAUCUUUGAAGGGUCUGCUUUCCGUGCCACUGACCAAGAAUCCUUCCGUGAGAGCUAAUCUUAACCUAGAUGCUGUCAAAAUGGAUAUGACUUCGAAACCAUACUUGAGCCCCGAAGACGGCCAUGAGCUAUAUCAGUAUUCGUUAAGUGCAGGUCUGCAAAAACGUUGGAUCUUGGAGCAAGUGACAUCUGUUCCCACUCUCUACGCAGGUAUUUCCUCUUCCAAUAGGUGCAUAAGCGGUUUAGGAGACAAAGCAUCUGAGACAUUUGCAAAACAUUCUGGAAAUUUCAACAAGAUCGCAGUCGAGAUGAAAUUCCACAAUGAUACCAGGAAGUACUUCGGAGCGUUCCCUAUAUCAGGUUAUGAGUUACAGAUUCAAAACGACUACAUCAUUUCUCAAUCGAAUGCCGUACAUCAAAGCUUACCACCGGAGAGAAACUUCAGCAAGUUCCACUUUAGCUUGCAACACCACAGCUCGCACUGGCAGAAUAAGCUUACAAAAUCUUUAGAUAUACAGCUGGGUGCUCUCAUCCCAUUUGGAAAUGAAAAAGAUGGCAUCCACCCGCUGGAUAAAUGGUAUCUAGGGGGAUUAGGCUCCCUAAAAGGCUUCCAAUCUAAUAGCGUCGGACUGAGAGGCAGCAAUUUCUACUACAAGCUUUGCUUGACAUCCUCGCAGAAAUUGAUCAGGACACCAUUGGACUCUCCGUUAAGGCUUCAAUUUUUCAUGAAUUUAGGCAAUACCUUUAACGAUCUGCGCUCCGCCAGAAGCUCAUGUGCGGCUGCUACUGGUGUAUCAUUGGCGUACAAGACCCCUCAGGCAGAUGUGGACUUCACCUAUGCGCUUCCUCUAACUUCUCGCCUACAGGAUAUUUCGAAGCCAGGCCUAUCAUUUGGUGUCACAUUUUCAUACUUUUAA